AUGGGUUCUUAUCAAUACUCCCCGUACUGUGUCCCGUUCAACAACACCCCUCUGCGAACCCCGCGGAAGAUUCGCCUUGUAUGCGUGGGGUCGGGGUUUGCUGGGCUCACUUUGGCUUACAAGAUCAUCUAUGAAAAUAAAUUAACUGAUCUGAUCGAUUUCACCAUCUACGAGAAGGAAUGUGAUGUUCCCAUCCACGCAUACAACCUGGCUUGGGCACCCAAACAUGACUGGACUUGGUACUAUGCCGCUGGUGCUGAGAUCCGCGGUUACAUUGAGGACGCCGCGCGAAAAUUUGAACUGGAAAGGUACAUUCAGUUCAAUUCGAAAGUGGUGGAGGCUGCCUGGGACGAAGAAUCCGGAAAGUGGAAACUCAAAGUCCAAAGAGACGGACAAAUCAUCGAAGACGAGUGCGAAAUCUUUGUCGGCGCUACGGGCACCCAGAGGCAACCUAACCCGCCUGAUAUUCCCGGCCUCCAAAGCUUCAAGGGCCCUAUACUCCACACCGGAGAUUGGGACGACUCGGCAGAUUGUCGAAAUAAGAAGAUCGCCGUUAUCGGUAAUGGAUCUUCUGGUGUCCAAGUAUUCACAGCUCUCCAGAAAGAGGCCACAUCCAUCACGCACUACAUCCGAAGUCCCACAUGGAUCUCUCUUAACUACAUGUCCCAGUACACACGUAAUGGUGAUGGGCAAAAUUUCGCGUUCACCGAUGAAGAAAAGUCGAACUUCAAGAACCACCCAGAAGAAAUGCUAGCGUAUCGCAAAAAGCUCGAGGAUACCAGCAUUAGGCUCUUCAAGAAUCUGGUUUUUGAUGAGACGGCCCAAGAACUCAAAGCCGAAUUCCGGAAGACGUUGACGCGCGUGAUGAAAGAGCGUGUGCAAGAGCAGCCAGGGCUGGCCGACAAGCUCUUGCCGACAUGGCAGCCUUGGUGCCGCAGACUCACCCCGGCUGAUGGAUAUCUCGAAGCCCUUCAACAACCAAACGCGACUCUCGUCAACACACCUAUUGAGGCUGUAACUCCCACAGGAAUUCGUCUCCCGGGAGGAGAGGAGACGGACUUCGAUGUGAUCGUCACCGCGACCGGUUUCGUCAACAACCGCGUUAUCCCAUGGAAGAUGUACGGCCGAGAUGGCGUCUCCAUGCACGAACUUUUCAAGGAGAACCCGGAGGCGUACUUGAGCAUCUGCGUGCCGCACAUGCCGAAUUACUUUGCGGUCGGCUGUGGCCCCAAUUUCCCAAUUGCGAAUGGACCUGUCCUCACCGCGCUCGGCUGGAUUAGUGACUAUAUCAUCCGCUGGACUAAGAAGUUGAUCCAGGAGGACACCAAGGCUAUCUGCGUCAAGAAAGAUGCCGUCGAAACAUAUGUUGAGGAUAUGAGAUUAUGCUCAGGCUCGAGAUGA